AUGUGGACAAUAGUUAUAUUUACUCUUCCUAUGCGAGCAAUUACUGCAUUGCAUAGGGAAAGACAGCUAGAGUUGCACCUGCAUGGAGUGAGAACUGAAUUAGAAAGUGUUCUCUGGGAUAGGAAGGAACUAGAAGAACAGCUGCAUAUGGCAAUCAGAAAACAUAAAAUGAUGCAGAUGAUGCUAGAAGAACUUGAAGGUGAACAUGAUGAGGCCAUUGUUAGAAUUCAGCUGUUAGAGAGGGAGGUUCAGGAUCUCAAGGACGAAAAUCAGCUCUUGAAAGAGGUUCAAGGUAAAAGACUUUGGAGCUAUAGAGAUAAAUGUGAUACAGGCAAUAGUCAUGAUACUAUGGACACUGAUAAAUUUGGGGUGUCGGGUUACAACAAAAAUAUUGACCGAGUAAUGGCGCACAAAGACAUUUGGGAGGAGGAAACACGUGAUAUUGUAAAAGAAGGGUUGAAUUCCUACGGGCCUCUCAGCGUCGCACAAGAUCUAAACACGAGCGAUACUACCACCAGAAGGAGGGAGCUUGCUCUUUCUCGAAGCCUCUUCAGUGCAAUACUUUCGCUCAUGGUCGGGAUGAUUGUAUGGGAAGCUGAGGACCCUUGCGUGCCUCUUGUCAUUGCUCUAUUUACUGUUGUCCUCAUGUCAUUGAUGAGUGUAGUACAAUUAUUAGAGAACAUUAAUAACUACCCUGCAUCUGAUGCUGUUGCGCUCUUGAGAUAA